AUGUCUUACUUUGCCACCACUACUGCUUUGAAAAAACCUUCAAUUGCUCCGAUGUCUCAAACAGAAUCAGACCAAUGCCAACAGUUUUCUGUUCCCACCCCACCACCAUCCGCUUCACCAGUGGAAUUACCGCCAAUUUUGGAUAUUUGCGAAUCAUCGCCUUCCUCUACGACGACGGAUAAUAGACCACCGUCACCUGCUUCUUCUGAGGCCAUGGCGACAGAUGACUUGAGUUCAUCUACUUCCACCAUGAGCGGACCGGCGCCUUUUCUUGAACCUGUUCCGCAACUCUAUACCUAUGUUUCGUCUAUCUUUCGGCCUCACUUUACUUCUGACUUGAAAGUGCAGUACGUUUGGCCACGUUCGAUGGAUCGGCGGGCAACGAUCCCCUCGGCCGUUCCUUUGCAUGUCCCUAUACCACGACGCUUAUCUCAACAGCCACCGUCAUCGAUGCAAAACAGGGAAAAUGGAUUAGCGUUGAUCCAACCCAAAAUUCCGGUGAUACCGAGCGCUGAUGCCGAAAUGGUGGAAAAGCCCCGUAGUUUGCGAAAAUCGUCUCUCACUAUCACUAUCACGAACAAGCCUGUAGCCAUCUUACCCCAUACCGGCAACGAGGAUAGAUCCGACUCUGUCAUGAAUAGUACGGUAACGUCUACGGAGGAUGAUGACAGUGAUGACGAUCAUAUUGCUGCCGAAGCCCUAGCUUCAGCCUCCGCAGAUGCACACCGCUCGCUUUCCGGAACGACUUUCAUGGUUCAUGGGAAAUCCCACUCUAGCACGGCCGGGCCUAGCAUGUUUUUGACAAAAAAUGCGCAUAUUAAACGGCCUCGCAACGCUUGGAUCCAUUUCCGUUGUCACUACGGACAAGCACUCAAGGCUCAAGACCCUACCCUUCGUGCUGAAGAAAUUUCAAAACGUGCUUCGCGCCGCUGGGCCAAACUGACGGAAGUCGAAAAGCGACCGUGGCACAAACUAGCGGACCAGGAAAAGCAGGCUCACAAGGAAGCAUUUCCCGAGUACCGUUACUGCCCCAAACGUGCAUCGUCCAACUCGUCCAUUUCAAGCAACAGCACGUCAACUUCAACACCAGAAGGCAAUUACCGAUUGUCACGUUUGGAUCAAUCACGCAGUAACAAAAGGUUGAAGCGUCGAGCCGCCAAAUAA